AUGAGCGAAACGAUCUACGGGAGUGGACAUUCGGAUUCACUAGGCGAGGGCGACUCUCUACACCGUAAUUUCAAUAACGACGACAGCGAGGGCCAUCCAAUCUACGAGUUCGAAGAAGGAAGCGCGGCCGAGGACAGAAACGCGUGGAUGGGGACAUCGGGACAGACUCAUCCACGCGUUAAUCUACCAACGCACUAUUUGGCCGAGAAAACCAAUAAAUCUCUCAUAUCUUCAAGCCUAAAACAUAUCUAUUGCGACACUCUGGAAAACGCAUUGGUGUGUUGGGUUACCGAGCAGAACUGCCCUUAUAACAAUGAAGGCAUCGACCGACAUAGAGGGCGCGUCCAGGACUUUGGGGUACACAACGAAGGCACCGUCAGAAAGUACGGUAUGAUUCGUCGAAUUCAGAGGCUGGAUCGCCCCUCUUGCGUUCUCAGCGAGCGGCCCCUGACACCCAGAGAAUGCCAACUCGCAUCGCAUGCCCUGCAAGCGUCAAUCAUGGCCUUCGCAGCCCAAUGGUCACAGCUCAGUGGUGCUAGCGCAUUUGACUUAUUCAAUGGCCGGGGGGUUGGAGAUAGCAAUCAAUUCUCCAAAGAAUUCCAGAAGUUGAUCGAGGCAUCCCUGUUCGAUUUCGCGGAGGCAAAGUUGGCAAGUUUCGACAGAUCUCUUCAAGAAACAUUAUGGAAUGAGGCUCGCCGGGCCUUGCAGCAGACCAGCGGCAUUGAUUCCUUCCAAGUCGCCUUCGCUCAGGUACUUUUUGCCUUCACGCAAAAGCCGCUCUCGAACGAGGACUUUCAGCGCAUGAAGGACCACGGCAAAGGAAGGACGGAUUAUUAUGGUUCCAGCAUAGCUGCGGAGGUGGCCUCACGUGGCCUCGUGUGGAGCGACGAUGAAUCCGAUUCCCAGGGCCGUGCCCGUGUUGGCGGUGAAUCAUCCACCCGUGUCCGUCCAGGCAGUGUGCCAAACUCUACCGAGACGCAGGAACUUUUAGACAUGGACAAGGAUUCACUUCAUAUACGGGAGUCACUCAUGCGGCUAUCUGCGAGGAGAGUCAAGCUCAGUGGGAUGAAUCCAAGGCAUGACAAAUACGCUGGAAGCGCAGGGGUGUUUUACUCUCCACCAUACGAAGUCGAUGCUGAGGUCUGGCUGGAUCGAAUGACGUUCAAUCAGCUGUUUUGGCUGGUAAUGUUGUGCGAUACACUUUCAGCGACCAUCAAUAAUCGUUUGCCGGUGGUGUCGGACGAAGACUCCGUGAUCCUAUCCGAGGACCAAAUGAAAUCGAUGGUCAUCUCAGAGACCCUGAGUGAAACAGAUUUAUCCUUAUCAUCAGCAGAUACUCACACCAACGUGCCCAUGAAUCCGUGGGGAAUGUAUUUCCUCGGGCGCAACGUUCGCCCCACAGGGCCAGUCAAUUACUCGCUUGAGAAGGAAGCUGCAACUGCACUUCUUCGGGAAGCAGCGCCGGUCAAGGCGGUGUUGUUUCGCAAGAUCAAACAAAUACAGAAUGCGCGUUUUCGGCGAACGCAUCCUCAAAGAUUAGAACAGACAAUAUUGGACGCCCUAAAAGUUUACGAGUAUUGGAACGAACACUACGGCAAUUUCAUCAGCACCUGCAUCGACCGCCAUGACGAGCUGGCCGUACAAAUCCAGUCAUGGUACUCAGUUCUCACCAGCCACUGGAAUCUAGCCUGCUUUCUAUUGUCCGAUCUCAUCGAGGACCUCGACAAAACUGGCGAAAGCGACGAACGUCACUGCGCGAUACGACGGUCAUGCGGACUUUUAUUCCAUAUAAGGAAACAAAGCGCAUUCGAAAUGGCCGAACUCGGUAAGGUUGGCAAGGUGAGGGAGGGAUGUAGCUUUGGUCAAUCCGACGACUUCCACCCUACUGUCAACGACGGGGCACUCCUUACCGAACCAUGGACCGAGAUAAUGAUCCGUUCCUUUGCAAGAGUCUCCGAGCAGUUUUUGACUUGGCUUGGUGAGAUUGAUCCUACAUCGGGAGAGCCUGCCACACAAAGGUGGACUCCAGGCGAUUUUGGACAACUUUACUUAAGUUUGGGCCACUGUGUGGAAGCCCUUCUGGACCUUGGUCGGAAAUCAGAUAUGGCGUUUCUAUUGGCAAUAUCCUUGAAGCGAAGGAUGAGUCGGUUCACCAACACAGACUGA